GUCCUUCCAGCUGCAAUGGAUUUAUUUAACCACGUGUGUGGCUCAAUGAAGUGCACCUGGAAAGCAGCAAGUGCUUCAGGAGACAUCACUCUCAUUAAAGUCAGUGGGAAGGGGAGAGCUGGAGUGUCUGUUCUCCCUGCCUCAAACACAAGAGGGACACAAAUGUGCCUGCAGCAAAACCUCAUUUAUAUAUUUCAGGCUUCCAGUUUCUUCUUCCUGGGUCACCUGCUGGAUGAUGAAGCUGAUGAAUAUGAGUAUUAUGAUGAGCUCCCACAGCUGGAGCAGGACCCCUCCCUCCAGCAGCAGACCUCAGAGGACCCUGACUGGUUUGAGGCAUAUUUUGGCUACAGUGAUACCAGAAAAGCAGAUCCAUGCUCCUCUAACCCCUGCAAGAACAAUGGUAGGUGUGAAAACAGAGGAGGAACCUUCAGCUGUCUCUGCCCCAAGCCUUAUGCUGGGACUACGUGUGAGAAAGUGAAGGACAUGUGUUUGGAGAAGAGGUGCCACAGGGGAGACUGCCUGAUUACAUUAACCCCACCUUAUUUUCAGUGCAGCUGCAACCACCCCUACAAGACACCUGACUGCCAAAAAGCAUCUUCACCGUGCAGACCAAACCCUUGCAAAAAUGGAGGUACCUGCAUAAGGCACAGAAUCAGAUCGAAAUUCACCUGCGAGUGCACCGAACCUUUCACAGGGAGAUUCUGUGAGAUUGGACUGGACGAUUGUUAUGAAGAAGACUCCUCUACAUACAGAGGAAGAGUGAACCAAGCAGCAAAUGGCAAGACCUGCCUGCACUGGAAUUCCCACAUUCUCUUAAACUACCCUAUUAAUGCCUUUAUGGAGGAUGCUGACUCUUAUGGCAUUGGUGAACAUAAUUUCUGCAGGAAUCCUGAUGAGGAUGAAAAACCCUGGUGCUACAUCAGAAAAGAUCACAAAGUGGAAUGGGACUUCUGUGAUGUUUCAGCCUGCUCAAGAACAGCUGAAGAGAGCCUGUGGCCAACAGACAGCCCAACAGAUGUAUUCACAACAUGUGGACAACCAGAAGUUCAAAGGACACUCAAGAGGAUCUAUGGUGGAGCUAAGACUACAGCUGGCAAACAUCCCUGGAUGGCAUCUCUGCAAAUGAAGACUUCCAAGAGGAGCACACAUUUCUGUGGUGGAGUGCUAAUUAAAGCAUGCUGGGUUCUUACUGCUGCACACUGCAUUGAAGAACCAGCAGAAAAUCUCCAAGUAGCCCUUGGAAAGCAAGAUCUCCAGAAGAGAGAGCGUCAAGAGCAAAUAUUUGAUGUGGAAAAGAUUAUUGUACAUCACAAAUACAGAGAGAAGGAUGGUGUCCCACACAAUGAUAUUGCACUACUUAAAUUGAAGCCAGUUGAUGGUCACUGUGCAGUGGAAACAAAGUAUGUGAAAACAGCAUGUCUGCCUAACUUCUCCUUUCCUGGUGGGACUGACUGCUUCAUUUCUGGAUGGGGCACGACUGAAUCAGGUGAAUUAUCCCGUGGGCUGUUAGAUGCCAGUGUCAAGCUGAUUUCUCAGAAGACAUGCAAUGCUCCCAGAGCAUAUGAACACAUGCUGGACGACAGUAUGUUUUGUGCAGGAAGUCUUCAGAGACCCAGAGCUGAUUCUUGUCAGGGAGACUCUGGAGGCCCACUAACUUGUGUAGAAAAUGGUUCCUUUUAUGUCUACGGCCUUGUGAGCUGGGGUGAUGGGUGUGGGUUAAACAAGCCAGGAGUUUAUACCCAGGUGACAACAUUCAUCAGUUGGAUUGAAUCUAAAAUUCGGUCUCAGUCAAGAUCAGUUCAUUAGGAUGCAGCUUGGGAACAACAAAGGGUUGAUGGUGAAAAUAAUCCAGAAACAAAAAUCUCCCAAGAUUGUAAGUAUGGAAUAAGAUUAAUAUGAUUUCUUCAAUACAAAUUAUUUUAUAUUCUAUCAAUCAGGUUCAUUCAUCUGUAGUAGAAAGCUGAGCCUGCCAGUCACCUAGUACUAAUUUCAUUUACAGCUUUAAAUAAAUACAGAAUCUAUACCACAAAGUUAUAACCUAUCCACACAAAAAUAGAAAGAUGUUAUAAAUUGCAAUGUCUAGGUUGCUUUUUAAAACAAAAUGUUAUUAGAUUCCAUUUAUUGUCCUCCCCAGAAAACUGGAAAAGCGACAGGAUUUGCAAUAUGAGAUGAAAGUCUGUUUGUGUUAUGUCAUGUUUCUGUUUACUUCUGAUACAGGUGCAUUUUCCUUCUCUUGAAUUGCAGAAUUUCUGAAGCAUCAGGGUUGACUGUGACUUGCUGCGAUCCUUCCGUCUCCAGUUGGUUCUGUAAAAUCAAACCCGAGUAAAUUGUGAGGACAGGAGAAGGUUUUAACAAUUACUAUAUACAAAUAUUUUUAUAUAUAAAAAUUUCCUCAGCUGGCAAAGAAAUGAGCAAAAUCUGAAUCACUGCUCCGCAAUAAGCAAAUUUCUACAGUGGAAAAGUGCAAAUGGAGCCAUUCAUGUAGGUUAGAACUGCACAGAUCAGUGGACUCAAUGUGCUCAAGACCUAAUUUCUAAUUGGAUUAUGAAUCUAUGGAUUUUCCUGGGACCAUCAGAUCAUUAUCAUAUAUAGAACUUAAGAAGAUAUUGCCUGCAGUCCCCACUGCCUGCAUUCCUUGACCGCAGUUAUAGUUUAUUUCUUGAGUAACUUUUCAGAUGGGAAUGUAAAUCAUGAAUUUGUCCUGUUUCUCUUGGACUGGCUUACUGUUUGACUUGUUGCUAAAGUGAAAUCUUAAACAAAACAAAUAUUUAAAGUGCAGAA